GAGCAACCGACGACCAAGUCGCGACUCCCUCGCGAGGUGUUGUGCAGAAAGGAUCGUUUGGCGCGGACGCUCCCGACAACACCAUGGUGGGCCACGACGGGGUCGGCAUCGGCGACUUCGUCCUGCUCGAAGUCAUCGACAAGGACAACUUUAUGCAGAACCUGCAGAAAAGGUUCUCUGGCGGUUCAAUCUACACGUACAUCGGCGAGGUUUGCGUCUCGGUCAACCCGUACCGGACAGUCAACAUUUACGACAAUGAAGAAAUCAACAAAUACAAAGGUCGGGAAAUUUUUGAAAACCCGCCGCACAUAUUUGCGAUUGCCGAUUCGGCCCACAAGGUGAUGAAGCAACAAGGCCGAGACACUUGCAUCGUCAUCAGCGGCGAGUCGGGAAGUGGAAAAACCGAGGCUUCCAAAAUUAUAAUGAAAUACAUCGCCGCAGUGACCAACGCUGGUGGCCAACAAGAAAUUGAAAGGGUAAAAAAUGUGCUGCUGCAGUCCAACACGGUACUGGAGACGUUUGGCAACGCCAAGACCAACAGAAACGACAACUCGUCUCGCUUCGGAAAGUACAUGGACAUCAACUUUGACUUUAAGGGCGACCCUGUGGGCGGAAAUAUAAGCAAUUACCUACUUGAGAAGUCAAGGGUCAUUUAUCAGCAGUCGGGAGAGCGAAACUUCCACUCUUUCUAUCAACUUCUCUUCGGUGCUUCUGAUUCAGAGCUGAGCAAAUUGCGCUUAAAAAAAGAUGCUGAAAAGUAUUUUUAUGUUAACCAAGGAAAAGCGGCCACAGUCCGGUCCAUCAGUGACAGGACUGACUACAAAGCAACCCAGUCGGCGUUCAGAAUUUUGACCUUUUCCGACCAGGAAAUCGACACAAUUUGGCGCAUCGUUGCAGCAAUUUUGCACCUGGGAAACAUCAAGUUUAGACCUGACAAUGAAAGUGUCAAACUGGACGACCCAUUAUUGCUGGAAACGAUUUCCAACCUCUUGUCCGUUACCAAGCAGGAACUCCAAAAGGCGCUCUGCGAGAGGGUCAUCGCGGCCAGGGGCGAAAUUAUGUCCAAGACACACAACGCCGCCGAGGCCAAUUAUGGAAGAGAUGCGUUCGCCAAGGCUGUUUAUGACAGACUCUUCUCCUGGAUCGUGCAGAGGGUCAACCGCGCCAUCAACCUGAAGAACCAGGACGCUAGAACGCUCGGCUACAAAACCACCGUCAUUGGCGUCCUCGACAUUUACGGGUUCGAGAUUUUUGACACCAACAGCUUUGAGCAGUUUUGCAUCAACUAUUGCAACGAAAAGCUCCAGCAGCUCUUUAUUGAGCUGGUUUUGAAGCAAGAGCAAGAAGAGUACAAAAGGGAAGGCAUUGAGUGGCAGAACAUUGACUAUUUUAACAACCAAGUGAUUUGCGAUUUGGUCGAGCAGCCUCAUAGAGGCAUUAUCGCCAUCCUAGACGAGGCGUGCCUGAAUGUUGGCAAAGUCACUGACGAGAUACUUGUUGAAGCCAUGGACCAAAAGUUGGCCUCACACAACCAUUACACCAGUAGGCAACUUAAACCCAUGGAAAAAAGCUUAAAACACAAAGAGGACUUUAGAAUCAGCCACUACGCUGGCGAGGUCACUUACAACAUCGCAGGCUUCCUGGACAAAAAUAGGGACGCUCUUUUCCAAGACUUCAAACGUCUCCUCUUCAACUCGAGCAACGCCACAGUGAAAGAAAUGUGGCCCGAAGGCGCCAUGGACAUCAGCAAGACCACCAAGAGGCCACUCACAGCGGGCACCCUUUUCAAGAACUCGAUGAUCGCCCUGGUGAAGAAUUUGACUUCCAAAGAGCCUUACUACGUUCGGUGCAUCAAACCCAACGAGAACAAGUCCCCAGUCCAGUUCGACUUUGAACAGGUGCUGCAUCAGGUCAACUAUCUGGGCUUGAUAGAGAAUGUGCGCGUCCGACGUGCCGGAUUUGCAUAUCGUCAGAGGUACGACCUCUUCCUGCGCCGCUACAAAAUGAUCAGCCAGUACACCUGGCCCAACUUCCGAGGAGGCUCUGACAAAGAGGGCGUCAGGGUGUUGAUGAAGGAGCAGGGCUUCAGUGACGACGUCAAGUACGGCAACACCAAAAUCUUCAUCCGCUCCCCGAGAACUUUGUUCUCCCUGGAGCAGAAGAGAAGUCGGAUGAUCCCAGGCAUCGUCAUCCUGCUCCAGAAACAGUGGCGAGGCGCAAUUUGCCGGCUGAGGUACAGGAAAAUGAAAUCGGCGCUGAUCAUCAUCAGAUACUACAGAAAGUACAAGAUGCGCUCCUACUUCCAGGCUCUUCAAGCAGUUUUCUUGAACGUGGCAAAGAAAAGGGAUUACGGCAAAUCUGUUCGGUGGCCAAAUCCGCCACUGGUGCUCAGGUCGGGAGUUAAAAACCUGAGGACUAUUCAUGAAAGGUGGAGAGCGUGGAUGGUUCUGAAACGGAUUCCCAGAGACGAUUGGCAACAAGGAAGGCUCAAAGUCAAAGCCUACGACAAUUUGUACAAAAAGAGGCCCCAGUAUGGACUUGGAAGAAGGUGGGAGGGCAACUAUUUGGCUCUCAACAAUGAAAACUCGGAUUCGGUCGCUUUCAACCAUACAAUCAAGAACAUAAAAAACAAAGAAAAAUUUAAAGAGGUCAUGUUUUCCUCAUUUAUCAAGAAAACCAACAGAUACAACAAGAGUGCCGACCGUGCCUUGCUGGUUACCGACACAGGUAUCUACAAACUUGACGCUAAAAAGCUCAACCUGAUGAAGAAGGUGCUCUCGUUCAAGGAGGUGACUGGAAUGAGUUGUAGCCCAGGUAGUGACCAGCUUGUUGCGAUCCAUUCAAGCACGGGCAAUGACCUGGUUGUUGCUCUUGAGCCAAAGGACGGAAUGGACCGAGUCGGAGAGCUUAUUGGCGUCGUCUGUUUGAGAUUCCAACAGGUGAGCGGCCAAGACCUGCCCGUGACUGUGAAUUUGAACUUCACAUGCAAACUGGGAAAUAAGAGCCGCAGUGUGAAGAUCGAGCAGUCGAACGAAGCCCCGAGCGCCAUGUUCAAGAAGGAUGGCCAGAACGUGUUGUACCUGCUGCCGUUGCAAAAUUCCACCAACCUGAUCAACACCAAGCAGGGAAUGCAAUAAUUUUAAACCAACAGACAUCGUAUUGUGCCAAGAUUGGAGUAAACACCAGUAUUCUUAAGAAAAGUAACAAACCCUGUGCAAUUUAUUAUAUAUGCAUUGAUUUUUGAUGUGCCAGUUUUGCAAAAGAAAGAGCUGGGCUUUUUCAGUUAACCAUUAUUUGAUUCAAGUUACUUGAUUUUGAUUUUUGACAAAGUCACAAAAGUAGAAAUCACAUUUUUUUUCUUACCACUUGGUUAGUGUUUCGUUAGAUAAGAGUGACUUUUGAAAAACUGUGAUAAGUUAUCAUUCGAUGUGUCAUGUUGAUUUUUACGCCUGUUAAGGGGAAUGUGCAUUUAAUUCCUUUGGUAAUACUUUAGGACCUACGCACAUUUUCUUUUGCAAGAGAGGGAGAAAAAGCCUUUAAACCGGAAAAAUUUCUUUUUGUGUAAUCUAACAUGUAUUUAUUUCCUCAUUCUUUUUACCAAUAAAAUAUAACUAGAUUUUUAAAUAAUU